CUGAUUAGAGUGCACGGUGUGAGGCAGGCAGUCAAAGGCCUUUCUUAUCUUCUUCGACCGAAUCACACGACAAACAGCAGCACCGGCAGCAGGAGGAGAAGCAUCAGCAGCACAGGCGGCGUCAUGGAGGUGGUUGCCGCCAUUGACCAGGUCAGGUGAUUGAUUAACUCACAAGAUGCCCAUCCACCCAUCCAUCAUAGGAGCAGAUCUGCCACGAAGCGCGUUCGACAUGUGUGGUGUGGUGUACAGGGCACAGAGUCAACCAAGGUGACUUUUUAUGACCGGCGGGCCACACGGGUGUCGACGGCAAGGCGAAAACACAUGCAGGUCAAUGAAUGAAUGAAUGCUUGGAGAGAGAGAUACGUACGUAUCGCAUACUCAGGGCACUCAUCUCUCUCUGUGUGUGUGCGUGUGUGUGUGUGUCUUGGCCAUUGCCAGCUGUUCCCCAGGGCGGGCUGGGUGGAGCAUGACCCGCAGGAGAUCUUCUACCAGGUCAGGUGGACUGGAUAGACAGAGGGCCGCACAAUGAAUGCACAUACGCAUACAGAUGAUGCCACGUACGUAUAAUGCAAUGAAUGAAUGGCAUGGGUGUGUGCGUAUAUGUGACGGAUGUCAGGUCAAGGCGGCGGCCACCGAGGCCUACAACAAGAUCAGACACAAGAGGCCAACCAUCAAGGCGAUUGGUACGCCCGCCUGUCUGCCUGUCUGCCUGCCUGCCCUCUCUCCAUAUGUAUGAAUGUGUGUGCUGUGUGUGUGUGUGUGUGUAGGUUUGGCCACUCAGCGUGAGACGGUGGUGGUGUGGGACAAGCAGACGGGCAGGCCGCUGCACAACGCCAUUGUCUGGAACGACACGCGCACAGGUCACUCACCUGGGUGGGUGGAUGAGUAGAUGGUGGAUGGAUGUCCGUGUGGUCGUAUGGAUGUGGUUGGGCGGCUACAGAUUCGCUCGUUCGUGAGCUCAAGAAGAAACUGGGCGGGAGGGAAGCGCUCAGGGAAACGACGGGUGGGUACCGAUCGUAUCAACACACAUUAGAAUCAAAGAAAAGCAUAUGGAUCUGUGUGUCCGAACACACACGUGCCGUGUGUGCGUGUGUCUGCAAUACAAUACCAUACCCGCCACGCAGGUCUUCCCCUGAACAACCAGUUCAGCGCCUGUAAGGUCAUGUGGCUCAUGAAGCACAACAAACAGGUAAGGAAGGUACAUAGGCAGAGGCAGAGAGGAAGGGAGCCGAGCCAUCGACGGAUUGAUUCACCCACAGGUGCAGGAGGCCGUCACGGAUGGCCGAGCAUACGUCGGCACAAUGGUGCGCACCGCACACAGCUGCACACACAGACAGAGACACACGGCAUGGCACGGCCAGGUGUGUACCCCAUCAUGUGUAUGUGAACGUGUGUAUCCAUCAGGAUUCGUACCUGUUGUCGUGCUUGACCGGUCGCGUUUCCUCCGCGGCCGUGACCGACGUCACCAACGCUGCCAGGACACUACUCUGGGACAUACACGACAAGGUAAGGUGCCCCCAACACACCUACAGGCACAUCAAUCACAUCGAUGAAUGAAUCCAUUGUGGACUGUGGGAUGCGUGUGUGUGCGUGUGUGUGUGUGUCAGUGCUACUCGUCCAAGCUGUGCGAUCUGUUCGGCAUCCCCUCCACGGCACUGCCCAAUGUGGUCUCCAAUGUGGAACAUUUCGGGGUCAGUGAGUUGGGCAGUGAAUGGAUUCACACGCAUCCAUACUCUCCCUUCCUCUGUGUCAUGUGUGGUGUGGUGAAGGCUGUGACGGGCACGUCAACCUGUCUGGACGGCGUCCCGAUCUGUGGGUGCAUCGCCGACCAGAGCGCUGCUGCCGUCGGUCAGCGAGAGAGAGAGAGUGAAAGAGAGGGAUGGAGUGGCCGUACCAGCGUAUGAGACACAGAAGUAUGAGUGCUGGAAUGGAUGCUAUCUGUGUAUCUGUGCUGUGGUGUGGUGUGGAGGUAGGUCAGGGUAUAUUGUCGCCAGGUGGGGGUGAGGUCAAGUGUGACUUUGGCACGGGCGCCUUCAUACUCAUGAACACCGGUACCUUAGCUACCCAAUCGGCCACUUAACUUACAGACUGGAAACGCCAUCGUAUUUCGUUUGUGUGUGUGUGUGUGUGUAUAGGUGACGGCUCCCCCGUGUAUUCGCCCAGCGGCCUCCUGACCACUCCCGUCGUCCAGCUGGGGAGCGAUGGUAUGGUAUGCACACACACGCGCUUGUCCAUCUAGAUGAGAUGACCAACUGCUGUGAUCGAUCUGUCUCUCUGGUGUGCACAGCGCCCAUCCUGUGGGGUCUUGAAGGUGUGGUGCCGACGGCAGGUAUGGAAACGCCACGCCCAUCCGCACCGGUCACAUGUAUGGUGUGUCGGGGCAUUGCACGUCUGUGUAUGUGUGUAUGUGUGAGUGUCAGGCAUGGCAAUCGACUGGAUGAUCAAUCAGUUUGGCAUCAUGAAGUCGGCCGAGGAGACAGAGGAGCUGCUCAACGCUGCCAAGGACACCGGGGGCGUGGUUUUCGUGCCCGCCUUCCAGAACUACCACACACCAAGGUAACUAAGGUACCUUAACACAUCCAUCCAUCCAUCCACUGCUCCAGAUGCGCACACAUUUAGUGGAGGCAUCCACACGUCUCCCUCCCUGCGUGUGUGCCUCCCUCCAUCGGCAGGUAUUCCCGCUCGAUCAAGGGCAUGAUAAUGGGCCUCACCCAGGCCACCAAGCGGGAGCACAUCGUCCGGGCCCUCUUCGAGGCCAUCUGCUUCGAAAUGCUUGAAGUACGGCCGUCGUCAAUGUGCGACUGCCUAUGUUUAUCGGCGUGCUUGUGUGUGUCGUCAGAUUGUGGAGUGCAUGUGUCGCGACACGUCGAAGAUGCACAUUGGCGGCAUCGACAAGAUCAUGGUCAGUCAGUCCCCACAACACACACACCCACACACAACCAAUCGAGCACCCAUCUGUGUGUGUGCAUGGGAUGCAGGUAUCUGGCGGCAUGACACGGAACCGGCCCUUCCUGCAGAUGGCCUCCGACACCCUCCAGACGAGCAUCCAGCGGGGUGAGCAGGAGGCCACCUCACUCGGCGCGGCCAUCGUUGCGGGUCUGGGAUCACAAUUCUGGAAACACCAAGUAGGGGGGGAACCACAAGAUGCGCAUGAAAGAGGCAGGCGAGUCUGUGUAUGGUAUGGUGUCGUGGAAUGGAUGUGUUGUGUGCAGGAGGUUGCGUGGCUGGCGGGUCGGGGGGGCGAGCAGCUGCACCCUUCCAUCGACAUCAUGGAGUGGCAGGCAAAAUGUAUUAUCUCCAUGACCGACCGACCCCUUUAUGAUUAUCUCCUCUCAGCAAGCUGGUCUGUGUGUGUGUCCUGUGUGUGUGUAUGUGUGCAGGUGAUCGGUGGAACGAUGUCAUUCAGCGCGUGGCGGGCGGCACAGAAUCGAGGAGGUGCACACACACACACACACAUACGCCAGCCGUCCACAGUCUGUCCAUCCUUCGCGUGAUGCAUACAGGACGCCUCUGCUUAAGUCCCCGCCCCCCGAACUGAUGCACCCGGCCAACAACACCACCACCAACACGGCAGCGGCCGCCGCAGAUCAGCACAAGGAGAGGGGGCGGACAGGGAGCAGAGAGGAAACGUGGGUGAUGGACGGCAUCGACAAGUAGACAGGCAGGCAGGGACAGAGAGAGAAGGAGUUUAUUUCGUUUGCAGCCGGUAAAGGCUUGCGCCAAGGCAAGACAG